UCGAUCGCUGACGCCGCCACCCUGAAGUUCAUUGUUAUUAUCUUGGCCGCCGGGAUGGUGGCCUUCAUCGGAGCGGUUAUCUGCAUCAUCGCAGCCGUUCACACCGGGUCCUCCAGGGCUGCCUCGGCACACCAGCAACCAGCAACCGACAACCACUCGCUGUAUCCGGGCGCGGAUACUGCGGCGGGCUCCGUGGCCCGGGCCGGAUCUUUGGGCGCUCUCCAUGGUUCUGAAACACCCGAUUCAGAAGCACCGACCUUCAACAUCGGGCUCAGCGGGUUGGACGGUGUCACCGGACUCACCGGGCAUGACCCAACGGUCAGUCGACUCAUCUGUACGCCGAUCCCUGCCGGGGAAUGCAACACGAAAAACUUUCAGCAACAAGCAGAAGACCCGUCGCUGUACGCAGGGGAAGACUGGGGCUACCUUCGCACCACCGCGGAGGAGCUCCGGCAGACCGUCCUGCAACAAAAGGACCAGAUACUGACCGACCAGCGGACCAUCAGGGACCUGACGGGGAAACUAUCCGAGUGUGAGAAGGGGCUGGAUGGCGGCAGCAGCAGCGCGGACAGACGCGGGAGUGCUGCGGGGUUGUGGGGGGGCAAAGGCUCGGCAGAGGAGGCGCACCUGGAGCGGAUCAUGGUGCGGGACAGCCCGGGCUCGACGCCCGACAAUGUCCACUUGCUCACCGUUAGGGCUGUGGAUGAACUGGAGCAGGCUAUCACUCAGCUCAAAGACCGCAUAGAGAAACUGGAGUCAGACAUUGGCCCAUUUUCUCACAACCAGACGGACAGCAACACCUCAGGAGCGCCAGAGGAAGGCGGGAUGUCUGGCGGUCCGGAAAGGUUGGCCGAUCCCGGGCACAAAGCUGAUGCUGACAGGCCCUGGAGGAUGGAAGACUUGGAGGGGGAGCUGGAGAGGAAGGUGGAGCUGCUGGAGAAAGAGAGAAAAACCCUGAGGCUGGAAACAGAGAAGCACAGGCAAGGAAUCGACCGGGGCAUCAAUAAACUACACCACCGAAUCUCAGGACUGGAGGAAGGUGUCUCAGGGCAUUCCUUCCCAGAGGGCUACCGACUGUCUUUCCCAACUCGGACAAACUACAUGUACGCUGUUGUGAAACCCUCCAUCCCAGCGCUGCGGGCCUUCACCGCCUGCCUGUGGCUUCGGCCCGCAGAGGGAGGAAUCGGGACACCUCUGUCUUACGCUGUUCCCGAGCAACCCAACGAACUGGUGCUGCUGCAAGGCCUGCAUACCCCCACUGAGCUGCUCAUCAAUGACAAGGUGGCGCAGUUGCCUCUAAACCUCUCCCGAGGCAGCUGGCAGCACAUCUGUGUGAGCUGGAGCCAGAAGGGAGGAGCUUGGCAGGCCUACCAGGGGGGAAAGCUGAGGGGCGAGGGUCACGCGCUGGCAGCCGGACAUCACAUCAGACCUGGAGGAGUGCUCAUACUGGGGCAGGAGCAGGAUUCUCUGGGUGGAGGUUUUGACUCAUCCCAGGCCCUGGUUGGAGAGCUGUCCCAGGUGGGUCUUUGGGACCGGGUCCUGUCUUCCAACCAGGUCGCCAGCUUGGCCCGCUGUGGCAAAGUAAGCCAGGGCAAUGUGGCUCCCUGGACCGAGAACGGAGUUGAGGUUUACGGUGGCGCAACCAAGGACCCGGGGGAGCCUUGUAGUAAACACAACAGGAAUUCUCGAUGACCGGUGGGGGAAGGGGAAGUGAAAGAAAGCAGAGCAAAGGGAGGGGUAAAGUUCUAGUCCUUUCAAGAAGGUAGGACUCUGCCCAUUAUUAACACCGCUACAGGGUUUUCUAAACAACUCUAUGUGACAUGGACUGACAAGUAUGUAAAAAAACUGGAAAAUGAAUGGUAAUGUUAUAUAUCUACAGUAUAUGAAAUGAGUCAAGGCUUUGCAGUUACUUCACCACACUUCUAGCAACCACAGGUGAUGCCAUCAUGGAGGUCCACUGGAAAAUGGUGCAAUACAAGAUUAGAUUCCCCAUAAAUAUAGCUAUAGUAUGGGCUCACGUUAUAUUUUGUAAAUGACUUAUAAGUAAACUUAUAUAGCCUAUGUAUCCAAAUAAAGUAAAUUUGAUUCAGGCCACACUAAACUGUCAUUGGUCCUAGCUCCUCUGUGCUUUGUUAGCAAACCAGCUAGCAGUCAAACUAGUGAAAGCGACUAAGGUAAAUGGUAAUAUGUGAAUACUAGCAAACAAUUGACCCUCCUGCUAGCUAAUUAGUGGGCAAAUGUGUUAGAGCAAUACCACUCUCAUGUCUGCACAGUAAAUAUGAAGCUACCGUCAGCAGCCAGCUAACUUAACUUAGCAUAAAAC